AACAUAACCUCAAGUUAACGUAGAUUGUAGAAUAUGAAAUAAAUAUUACAAAAAUAUAAAUUAUUAUGAUAAUAUAAACAGUUGCUUAAAAUGGUGAAAGUUAAAAAUAAGAGAAACAGAAAUGCGGCGGACAAAUUACAUAAGACGAUUAAAAAACCGAAUCCUUUUGAAAUACACAUUAACAAACAAAAGUUUCAAGUAUUAGGGCAAAAAUUAAAAAAUGAUCGUGGAAUACCUGGAAUUUCACGGGCUAAAGCAAUUCAUAAGAGGAAGAAAACUUUGUUACCUGAAUUUAACUUAAAGAAUAAAGUUAACACGUUUUUGGAUCGUCGUAUUGGCGAGAAAAAUAAAAAUAUGGCCCCAGAAGAUCGAAUUAUUGCACGAUUUACAGCAGAACGAGUCAAAAUGCAUAAAAAGAAAUCGAUAUUUAAUUUAGGCGACGAUGAAGUGUUAACACAUAAGGGUCAAACGUUAAACGACAUUGAAAAAUUUGAUGAUCCACGAUCUGAAGAUGAAUUUAGCGACGACGAGGGUGAAAAAAGAAAUGGGGGUGGAUUAGAUGCAGACUUUGUUGAAGAUGCUCAUUUUGGUGGUGGUGUUUUGAGUAAUACCGGUAAAGAGGGUGCAAAAUCACGUAAAGAUUUAAUCGAGCAAUUAAUUGCUGAAUCGAAAAAACGUAAAGCAGAAAAACAAAAAUUACGUGAAGAAACGGUUCAAUUAACCGAAAAACUCGAUACAGAAUGGAAAGAUUUGUUACCGUUAGUGAAUAAGAAGAACAAAGAAGAUGAAGAUGAUAAAAAAACUCAGAUCGAUGACUUUGAUAAAGUUAUGCGUGAGCUACGUUUUGAAGCACGUGGUAAUCCAACCGAUCGGUUACGUACAGAAGAUGAAAUUGCUAAAGAAGAAAAAGAACGCCUCGAAAAAUUAGAACAGGAUCGAUUAGCUCGAAUGAAAGGAUUCGUAAAUGAAAAAGAAUCAAAACCAAAACAUCGUUCGGCUGAUGAUUUGGAUGACGAUUUUCUUAUCGAAUCUGAUCUUGAGGAAAAUCAAAAUGAAGAUGAGGAAUCUGAUAACCAAAAAUCUGAUGACGAAAAUCAGUCCGAUCAGAAUGAAGAAGGAGAAGACGAGGAGGAAGGUGAAGCAGAUGAAAAUAACGAAGAUGGUGAUUCUGAUAAUUUAUCAGAUUUGAAAGGUGACGAAAAUUCAGAAUCAGAAAGUGACGAUGAAUCUAAGGCAAACGAUAGUAAAGAAAUCGAAAACGAUCAUAAAUCGCCAGAAAAUGAUGGAGAAACUAACGAUGAUGAUGAUUCUGAUGAUAAUUUAUCAGAUUUAAAAGCUGACGAAACUUCAGAAUGGGAAAGUGACGAAGAAACAAUUCAAGAAAAUAAUAAAUUAUCAAAAAUAGAUAUUGAAAAUGCUGAUUCCGAUGAGAAAGAUGUUAAUUCUGAUGAGUCUUUGAAAUCUGAAAGUGAUGAUGAAGAAACUCAAACCGAAUCGAUGACAACUCUUGAAAGGAAAAGUAAAAAUAUCUCCAAAUUAGAAGAAAAGUCUCAGACGAAAACUCCAAUAGAUAAUGCUGAUUCUGAUGAAGAAGAUGCUAACUCUGAUGAAUCUAUGAAAUCUGAAAGUGAUGAUGAAGAAACUCAAACCGAAUCGAUGACAACUCUUGAAAGAAAAAGUAAAAUUAGCUCGAAAUCAGAAGAAAAGUCUCUUAAGAAAACGCUAACAGAAAAUAAACUAUCGAAAAAAGAUACAACAACAGAACAAAAUUCUGAAACUAUAAAAAAACGACGGACGGUUUCAAUUACAGAAGAAAAUAUCCCGAAUAAAAAAUUGAAAGUAGAAACAAAUAGCGAUAGAAUUAUGGAAGAUUUACUAGCACGGAAAAAAAUUAUGGAAGAUGCACGAAAUGAAUUACCUUACACAUUUACGAUCCCGGACAGUUAUGAAGAGUUCGAAAAAUUAUUUGAAUCGAAAUCGGUUACACAUCAAACAAUAAUAAUCGAACGGAUGAUAAAAUGUACACAUCCAAGCCUAGGCGAAUCAAAUAAAGAGAAAUUAAGCACUCUAUUUACAUAUUUAUUACAAUAUACCAACGAUUUAGGAUCUUCGAAUACAAGUAAUGUAUUCCAAUUUUUGGAUCACAUAAUGCCAUAUUUAUACGAUCUCACACAAACUAUUCAAAAAGAUGCUUCAAAUGCUAUAAUUAGUGUAUUAAAAGAGAAACAAAUAAAUUUCCGAGAGAAACGAAAAAAAUUCCCACAAUUGGAUACAUUGAUUUUAUUUAAAAUGGUUUCGUUGUUGUUCCCAACAUCGGAUUUUCGACAUCAAGUUGUUACACCGGCUUUAGUUUUUAUGGAUCAAUUGUUAACGUGGUGCAAAGUAAAGACACGACGAGAUGUUGGAGCAGGAUUAUUUUUAGUAACGCAUGUUUUGGAGUAUGUUUCAUUAUCAAAACGAUUUCUACCAUCAGUAAUCAAUUAUUUACGUGGUUUAAUACAUUUAUCAAUACCCAAAGUAACAGUACGUGCAAUACCAAUAAUUCCACCUUUCAAACAAUUUGACUCAUUACUUGUGCUAACCGAAAAGCAUAAAAACACAAACGAAUUUCAAAUGACAGCUGAUGAUUUAAUAAAAACAGAUAUCGAUGAUGAUUUUAAAGUUCGCACCCUGUACAUUGUAUUGAAAUUAUGUUUACAAUUUUAUCAAUUAUACGAGCAGUUAGUAACUCGUGUAGAAAUAUUUGAACCAAUUUUAAAUUUAUUGGAAAUGUUACCAAUGGCAAAUUAUCCAAAAGAUGUUAAGGAAAUCCAUGGAAAGCUUAAAACGGAAUUGGUAAAUGGAAAAGAUAAACGUAAAAUGACGUAUUUGGUAGUGGCAGCGCAAAAACCAAAAGCUUUGAGACUGUAUGAACCAAAUAUUCAACAAGUAUUUGAAAAUAGAAAACAUCGAAAUUUGCCAAAAGAAAAGCAGGAACAUGAUAAAUUGGUGUACAAGUUAAAGAAAGAAAAGAAAGGUGCGUUACGUGAAAUUCGUCGUGAUAACGCUUUCUUAUCUAAAUUAAAGAUCAAGAAACAAAUGGAAAGCGACAAAGAACGUAAACAAAAGGUCAAAGAAAUACUUAGCGGAGCUUCAAUACAACAAGGUGAAUUAAAUGCUUUAGAUAGGAAACGGAAGAAAUAGGCUGUUGUAUGCGAAAACCUUACGGAGUGCGUGUAUGGUAGAACGUUGUUUUUGUUCAUGUAGAGAUAUAUAAUGGAGAUUUGAUGCAGCGUGUAAUCCGAAUUUCAAAAAAUAAAUGAGACCAUCGUAUCUAGGUCCUAAAUGAUUAUUGACUAGCGACUCAUGCACUUUAGCUUUAUUUAAUUUGUUUUGUUUUCAUAAAAAAUUCUAAUCGUCUAAUAUUUCUAAGGAGAUAUGAGUGAAAUUUUAAAAUAUUUAGUGUAUGAGUAGUAAUCAUUGAUUAUUUUUCGAACUUGAUAUCAGUGUAUUAGAUAUAACCUUGGUAGAACUAGACAAGGUAUGCUCUUCUGUAGGUAGGAGUAGGAUGGGGACAUUCUCUCACUCUCUUGCACAGUACCCAGUCAGCGCCAUAUUGCUUAUGUAUUUAUAGUGUAGGCGCUGAGUAUAUUUUGUAUACAUUUACAGGUCCUACCGAACAAGGAGUGUAUUAUUUUGACCCGCUGAAUCUGAAUUUUCAGCUUGCUCAUAGCUCAAAGUAGGGGUAAAUUUGUUAUAAACAAAUAAAUUGUUUAUACGGCCAUAGCUCCUAAGUUAUUGAAAAUUUAGUAUACAAAUACUGUACCAUAUUAUUCUACAUGUAAAAGCAAAUAUUUCCUUUUUUAUUCGUCUUGAUAGGACCAAUAGAACCGGAGAUAUGAUUAAAAUUGUAAACAAAAAUUUAAGGUACUCAUUUUAAAGGUAUGAAUAAUACGUUUUAUGAAAUAGCAACGAAACUAACACGAUUGUAAGUAUUAAGUUUCAUCAUUUUCCGAACCAUUAUUAGUUUAUAAGUCGAUAGCAAGCCCUUAGCGAAAGAAAAUCCCAUAUAAUUAUAUAUGAGAAAAUUGAAAAUUUGUUCUAGUUUAAGAAUCUUUUUGUAGGCCCUCAGCUCCUUCACUAUUCCAUUUGAGCUGUCAAAUUGGUCAAUGUUUUGUUUACAUAUUAAAAAUUGAAAAAAUCUAAGGCG